GUCUAGGCCACCUUCCUUGCCAGCCUGCCAACUCUCUUCUACUCCCUCCAUCAUCUUGGUUCUUGGUCUUCGACACUGGUCCAUCAACUCCAUCAACGCCUUGUCCCCAUCCAUCACCACUGCAUUUGAUCAUCCAUUUGCACACUCACUUGACAAUCUCAGUCAUCUCACAUUGUCAACAUCUGUCUUGUACCCUUCAGCUGGGCUGUACAGAUGACUUGCGCUGGCUUACCUUGACUCUCUUUCUCCCUCGGCCAAUAAUCCCGCGGCUGGUCCGGGUUUUUGUACCACCCCCCCAGCUUCUCACUCCCUUGAAACACCAUCAAUUCACCCCGAAUUCCAAUCUCGUCAGCAUCCAAGAAAACCACUCACUCUUGCCUGUUGGCGUUUCUGGGUUUGGGUUUCUGGUCGACUCACUGUUUUGGUCAUCCGCGUCCUUUCACAAACCAAUUCGAUGAGUGCCACUUGCCUCUCUUGAUCGCCAACUCUUUACCGCUGCACAAGGCGCACCUUCCUACCCUCCUCCCCAGUCAAUCAAGAUGUCAGCGGCAACAACAACGGCGUCGGUGACGUCUGCCGCCCCAACCGCGACCAGUGCAUCCAGUGGUGGCAGUGGGCCAAGUUCACCGUUACUUUUCUUCGUCGCUCUUGGUUUCGGCGUGGUCUUUACAAACUUAUGGAUCAUCGUCGGUGUCAAAUAUUGCUUCCGUUACAAUCAGCGCAAUCGACAGCGCAUGAAUGGCGAGGAUCCUGAUGCAGUCGAUCUCGGCGCUAUGCCUAGACAGCAUCGCCGAAGAAGAGAAAAGAAACUGAUGAGUAUGGACGAGGUCAACGAAAAAUUCCCUCUUACAAAAUACAAAUCAUGGCGUGCUUCGAGAGCCGACGAAGGUUUGCCUACCGCUGGUGGAAUCAACACAGCUUCGCGGCCUCCUACUCGCCCUGCUAGCCUACACGACGAGUCACGAGACGCUAAGGACACCUCUGAAGCUCGCGAGGCGCCAGAGCCGACAGAAAAAGAUCAGUACACAAACAAUCAGGAAAACCCAAAAUCUCCCGGUAGUAAAAACGGCCUCGGAACUCGUCCAGCCACUCCGACUAGAGCCAAAUCAACCGACUCAGAUCCAGAUUCCCCAAUCGUACACAAAGUCACUUCCAAUGAAGAUGAUGAUGACGAUGAGCACAUUCAGACCGCCGUCCCUGCCGAGCAGCUACCAGACCCCGGCGAUGCGUGUGCCAUCUGUAUCGACACCAUCGAAGAUGAUGACGACGUUCGUGGUCUUCACUGCGGCCACGCUUUCCACGCUUCGUGUGUGGAUCCCUGGUUGACAUCCAGACGUGCAUGUUGUCCUCUGUGCAAGGCAGACUAUUAUGUACCAAAGCCGAGACCCGAUGGCGCCAAUGCCGACGGCCUUGGUAGGACUGGCACUAAUGGAGAGCUUCCUGCACCUCCCCCAACCGCAUUCUCAAUCAUUGGAAGCGGUCGCCCAGGUCGAAGACCGGCAAUGUACAUCCCCGGUCGGUUCAUGAGUAUCGUGUACCACGACCGCGAUAGGCACGGCUUUCCGGUGGUCAUGCAGACCGAAAGACAGGGUCGCAGCUCACGGACACAGCAGAGCGAGGCGAACGGCACCAACAUUGAGUCAGAGGAGAUCCAACGUGAGCCUGAAAGAACAACCUGGAGAUCACGAAUCACCGGAUUCCGCCUUCCCCGUCGAAAUCGACCCGCAGCGUCGACCGAACAGUCCAGUGGGCCGACUGCUUCUCCAGAGAUUCAGCGGACGCCAUCCCAGCUGGAAGCUGGAAGAUGAAGUCAGUCCGACUGCACAUGCCACGAUGUUAUGACUCUUAUGAUGGAUUGAUGGGCUUUUAUGCAUGCGAGACGCUGCGCGGUGGUAUGAAUUGGAUAGGCGACCAGACUAGAGCGUGAUCGACCUCAGCUCUGGAGCUAUCCGAAGGAAUCUCAUACAGGCAGUUCAGCAUGCCAUAUCGAGUGAUGUAUCAGCAUCGGGCUGGCGCACACAAAAUUCAUGAUUGACAGACAGCAUGCAUUGUAGUCCAAGUGCGGUGGGAUAUGGCCAUCGAACUCACACAGUUAGAGUUAUUACCACACAUUCAUGUCGAAUACCAUGUAAUUCUACUCUCUGCCAACUUCUUUUGAUGUUUCUCCACUUCAACCAAACAGCUGUUGAUUGUUUUCAUCGUUG